GUUCAAACUUUUUGUCUGCGAAAGCCUUGGCGGCUUUACAUUUCAUCUCCUUCACUUUCGGGGGAUUCUAAUUCUUCUCUCAGAUCUGAUAGCAAGAUCCUGAGAGUGAAGAAGAAGGGCUUGUUUAUGUAAACUUCUCACAGAUAAUUCCGGGUUUAUCACAGAAGAAAUACUUUUGAGAUAUGUUAUCUAUUCAUAAAAUGAACUGCUCAUGGACUUUGGUAGCAACAAUUGCUUCAAUUUUGGCAUUGGUUUCAGUAAUUCAUCUAUUCUUGUUUCCUUUGGCGCCUUCUUUGGAUUACUUUAGUCAAGCUCAGAGCUCUUGUGUCCCAGUUAAUGGAUCAUCACAAGCGCCAACCAAUGAUGUUAGGGAAGCUCUACAGCCAGUUGCUGAUUUAGAUCAUCGGUUUCCAGCUGGCUUGCACAAUGAGGUUGUCUAUCACAGUGCGCCAUGGAAGGCUGAGAUUGGGCGGUGGCUUUCUGGUUGUGAUUCGGUUGCUAAGGAAGUCAGCAUUGUUGAGAUGAUAGGUGGCAGUAACUGCAAAAACGACUGUAGUGGUCAAGGCGUUUGUAAUCAUGAAUUAGGACAAUGUCAGUGCUUUCAUGGAUAUACAGGAGAAGGAUGCUCUGAAAGACUGCAUUUGGGUUGCAACCUUCCACAAUCACCAGAACAACCAUAUGGGCGAUGGGUUGUCUCAAUUUGUCCUGCUUAUUGUGACACAACAAGAGCAAUGUGCUUCUGUGGAGAAGGCACAAAAUACCCAAAUCGUCCAGUGGCAGAGGCUUGUGGGUUUCAAUUUAAAUUGCCUUCUGAACCCGGUGCACCCAAACUGAGUGAUUGGACAAAACCUGACCUGGAUAAUAUCUUUACAACCAAUGGUAGCAAACCAGGAUGGUGUAAUGUUGACCCAGCUGAAGCAUAUGCUUCCAAGGUGAAAUUCAAAGAGGAAUGUGACUGCAAAUACGAUUGUACCUGGGGGCGUCUCUGUGAAACGCCUGUGCUAUGUACUUGCAUUAAUCAAUGCUCUGGACAUGGACAUUGCCGUGGUGGAUCCUGUCAGUGUGACAAUGGCUGGUACGGAAUAGAUUGCAGUAUUCCAUCUGUUAAAUCAUCUGUAAGAGAGUGGCCUCAAUGGCUUCGACCAGCUCAGGUUAAUGUUCCUGACAAUGCACACCUCACAGGGAAAGUCACCAAUCUCAAUGCUAUGGUGAAAAAGAGAAGACCCCUGAUAUAUGUUUAUGACUUGCCCCCAGGGUUCAACAGCCUUCUUCUUGAGGGCCGCCAUUUUAGAUUUGAGUGUGUAAACAGAUUAUAUGAUGACAAGAAUGCAACAUUGUGGACAGAUCAGCUCUAUGGUGCUCAGAUGGCACUCUAUGAAAGUAUCUUAGCUAGUCCAUAUCGAACAUUGAACGGUGAAGAAGCAGAUUUUUUCUUUGUUCCUGUCCUUGAUUCAUGCAUAAUAACUCGUGCUGAUGAUGCUCCUCACCUAAGCAUGCGGGAACAUAGAGGCUUGAGGAGUUCUCUCACUCUGGAAUUUUAUAAGCUGGCUUAUGAUCACAUUGUUGAGCAGCAUCCUUACUGGAAUCGUUCAUCAGGAAGAGACCAUAUUUGGUUUUUCUCAUGGGAUGAAGGUGCUUGCUAUGCCCCUAAGGAGAUAUGGAAUAGCAUGAUGUUGGUUCACUGGGGUAACACAAAUUCAAAGCAUAACCAUUCAACAACAGCCUAUUGGGCUGACAACUGGGACAGCAUUCCUUCCGAUAGAAGAGGCAACCACCCAUGCUUUGACCCUGAUAAAGAUCUUGUGCUCCCUGCUUGGAAACGUCCUGAUGGUGUUGCAUUAAGCUCAAAACUUUGGGCUAGGCCACGAGAGAAGCGAAAGGCACUGUUCUACUUCAAUGGAAAUCUAGGGCCAGCUUACCCAAAUGGAAGGCCAGAAGAUUCGUAUAGCAUGGGAAUCAGACAGAAAAUAGCAGAGGAGUUUGGAUCAAGCCCUAACAAGGAAGGGAAGCUUGGGAAACAGCAUGCGGAAGAUGUAAUUGUGACACCACUCCGUUCUGAAAAUUAUCAUGAGGCUUUAGCCAGUUCUGUAUUCUGUGGCGUAUUUCCUGGAGAUGGUUGGAGUGGACGUAUGGAAGACAGUAUUCUGCAAGGGUGCAUUCCUGUGGUCAUUCAGGAUGGGAUUUUCCUGCCAUAUGAGAAUGUGCUCAACUAUGAAAGCUUUGCUGUUCGGAUACGUGAAGAUGAAAUUCCAGAUUUGAUAAAGAUUCUCCGGGGAUUCAAUGAGACAGAAAUAGAAUACAAGCUCGCAAAUGUUCAGAAAAUCUGGCAGAGGUUCUUGUAUCGUGAUUCUAUGAUGCUCGAAGCUGACAGGCAAAAAACUGCUUUUGGUCACGUUGAGGAUUGGGCAGUUGAGUUGUUACAAUUAAUUGAGGAUGAUGUUUUUGCCACAUUUGUACAGGUUUUGCAUUAUAAGUUACAUAAUGACCCUUGGAGGCAACAUAUACGUCUAGAAAAAGAGUUUGGGUUACCUAGAGAAUGUUUGAUUGGAACCAAUUGAAGAGCUUUGGUCAAUUUAAGAGAUUGCUACAGCUGAAGAGCUUGUAAGGUAAAAAAAGAAAAAAAGAAAAGAAUAAGAAAACAUGAUCUCUCCUUAUUUUUUGUGUGUUCAGAAUCAGAUUCAAAGCACUCAAGGCUCGAACAGAUAGUAUUGCACAGUUAGACACCACCUGAAAGCUAAGUUCUCUGUUUGAUAUGCCAAUCUAAAGCCAAUUUUCUAAGCAAUGGGGGACACAUACAGAUUCUUUUUUCCCUUUCCAAAAUAAUGCAUACAUUUGAGAUAUAUUUCGACAUCUUGUUCCAGCUCAUUGUAGUUAGGAAAGUGUAAGAAUAGUCAUUAAUUUUUUUUCUUUUCUAGUUUAUGUUAGCAUUAAAGGAAGAAAAAUUAUGAAGUGGUGUACCGAAAGCUAAAGGAUGAUUUGUGAGUUGUGAUGUUUAUGGUGUUACCAGCGAAUUAUUUAUUUUUUUCUAUCUUAUAUUCCCAUUCCCUCUUC